AUGGCCUCCAAAAGUGCACACAAGAGACUCACCAAGGAGUACAGGGCGAUACAGGCGAAUCCUCCACCGUUCAUCGUGGCCAAGGCAUCAGAACAAAACAUCCUGGAAUGGCACUAUGUAAUUACAGGACCACCGGAGACGCCAUACGAAGGUGGUCAGUACCACGGAACCCUGUCGUUCCCCACAGAGUAUCCUUUCAAGCCACCUGCUAUAAGGAUGACUACCCCGAAUGGGCGGUUCCAGGUGAAUACAAGACUAUGUUUGUCUAUGAGUGACUACCAUCCAGAUACGUGGAAUCCAGGUUGGUCUGUGAGCACAAUUUUAACAGGGCUGCUGAGUUUCAUGACUGGAGACGAGCCGACGACGGGAGCUAUAGUGACGAGUCUGGCUACGAAGGAGAAUCUGGCAUUGGCUUCGAGACAGUUCAACGUCAACCAAAAUCCCAGGUUUGUGAAAGAGUUUCCAGAGCUAGUCCAGCAAAAUCUUGCAGAUAUCAAGAACGGAACAGUUUUCGUGCGGAAAGAGAAACCAAAACCAGUGCUAAAGAAGGAGGAGCCAAGGGUUUCGACCGAAAAGAUACUGGAUCCCGAAGAGAAACUCAGAGCGCAGCUAUUGGCGAAGUCAGUUUCGCAAGAGGAAGAAGGUUGGUCAGUUUCGACAGUGGUGAUGAUACUGUUAGUUGUUGCCGUGGCGAUAUGCGGUGCGAAGUUAUAUCGUUAA